AUGAAAGAACAGAUUACUUUGAAAUUAUGGGUGAUAAAAUUUUGCAUAAAAGUAAUUUAUCCAAAGUUCAACCCAUACAUCUUCCUUGUUUACCUGAUAAUUAAAUCCAAUUAUUACUUCUUCAAACGCAUUGGAACUCAGGAAAGAAUGAAUAAAUUUUUAUUGAAAACAAUACCUUCUUACAUUCCGCAGUUUCUUUCAAAAGAGCAGUCGAAAAAUAAUUAUUUAUGUGUUAAUCAACACAAAUGUAUUUUUAUCUCACAAGCAAAUUUUAUACAACUUAGUGUUGAAAAUAUAUUUUAUAGAGAUAAUGAAAUUUUGUGGGUGGCAUUAAAACUCACCCCAGAAGAAAAAAAGAAUUAUGAAGUUAGGAAAGUUAAUGAUAACUCUGACAACCUUUAUAAGUACAAUCUUUGUAUGAAGACAUCAGAAAUACACAAAAAGUUAUGGAAAGACUGUACCACAGUGAAUUAUGCUAAUACAAGAAUAGUUCCUGUUGUUGGCUCUUCACAAAUACAUAACAAUAAUGCAUUAGUAAGCGAGAAUGAAUUUUAUAAUAUUAUCUCAUCUAUUGGCAUAAGCAAUGUUGAUAAUAUAGAAAUUUCAUUCCAUCCAGUCCCUGCUUUUGAAUACUCUCCGAAAAUAGCAGCAGUAGCUGAAGUGAGCGUCAUUGUAAAUGAUUUUGAUUUAUCAAAUGAUUUUAUUAAGGAGGUUCUCAGCAACCAUUUUGAAGUACCAAAGUUAGUUAGUGAAAAUGAUAUAAUUGCUAUAAACUUGAAUCCUCAAAUAACUACUAAGUAUCAUUAUAAAUAUUUAGAUUUAGUGGAAUCAUUGGGGAUGCUGCAUUUCAAAUGUAACAAGAUUUGUGGUGAUUUGGACUCGGUUUCUUCUAAUCAAUCUUCAAAGUCUGUGACCAAUGUGAUAAAAGCUUUUUAUAUUGUUAAAGGUGUUACUCAGUUAACUUUAGGCGAGAAUAUACAUUCCAUGAAACCAAAAUGUAAAUAUUUUAAACCACAGAAAUUGUGUUGCCAGUAUUUUCAUAUAUGUCCAACUGGGUUACUAAGUAAAUUUGAGCAAAUACAAGAGGCGAUAAGUCCAUUUCUGACUGGAGAAAUAAAUGAGCUAUCAUCAUCUUUGUCCAGUCCCAUUAUUCCCAUGUUUCUAAUGACUGGAUCAAUGGGUUCUGGUAAACAUCUGAUUGUUAAAACAAUAGCAAAAUAUAAUGGAGUAAAUUGUUUCCAAACUGACUGUAAUGCCCUACAGAGCUCCACUGCUAAGCAGACUGAAAGUAAAAUUAGCUUAACAAUACAAAAAGCUAAGGCCGCUGCACCGGCAAUUGUUUUGCUCGAUAAUUUCGAGGUGUUUGCAGUGGACCCGGAAAACAAUGAAGAUCACAGAGUAUUAGAAUAUUUUAUUCAUUCAAUAACAAAUUUAUACGAGAACUACACUAAGCAUCCUAUAAUAUUUAUUGCAAUAACCGAGCAAUUGGAUUUAAAACCAAAUGUUAUGAGGAUAUUUCUUGACAAGUUCCACAUACCUAAACUGAAUGUGCAGCAAAGGUUUGAAAUGCUGCAAUGGUUUGCUGCUACAAUGCAACUGAAGUUACAUGAGAAUGAUGAGCAAAUAAAGUCAAAUAAAAUUAAUAUAGACUUAGACAACACGUCCAGUUUGUCAACUAUAAGCAAUUAUUCAAAGGAUGUUCUUAAAAAGAUUGCAUCAAAAACGGAGACAUUUGUCUAUGGGGAUCUUGAUACACUUGUACACUUUGCUAUGAGAGAAUCAUAUUUGAAACAACACAAUAGCUACAGUCAGUUUUCACAAGAUCCUAAUUUACAGCUUUUGCAGGAAGAAGAUUUCAAUUCAGCAUUAGAAUCAAUCAGAAGUCUACAAAGUCAACAUUUGGAUGCCCCAAAAAUUCCUAAAGUAUAUUGGGAUGAUAUUGGAGGCUUGGAUAAGCUUAAGAAGGAACUCCUAAAAACUAUUGAAUUUCCUAUCAAGUACCCACAUCUAUUUAAAAAUUCAACACUUAAACGAUCAGGUAUAUUAUUGUAUGGACCACCUGGCUGUGGUAAGACAUUGGUAGCGAAAGCUGUUAGUACAGAACUAAAUGUCAGCUUUCUAAGUGUGAAGGGGCCAGAGUUACUCAACAUGUAUAUUGGUCAGUCAGAAGAAAAUGUCCGAAAAGUGUUCGAGUCGGCGCGCGCUUCGUCGCCAUGUAUCGUGUUCUUGGACGAGCUGGACGCGCUGGCGCCUCGCCGCGGCGCCGCCGGGGACUCGGGCGGCGCCAGCGACCGCGUCGUCAGCCAGCUGCUGGCCGAAGUGGACGGCGUCACCAGCGGGGAAGAUACGUCUAAUUUCGUAUUCAUAAUGGGCGCAACAAAUCGUCCGGAUCUGUUGGAGCAGUCGUUACUGCGUCCUGGGCGUUUGGACAAACUUAUAUACGUAGGGCCGUAUAUCGGAACGCAAGAGAAGACGUCGGUGCUUAAGGCGCUAUGUAGGAGUUACAAAUUAAGGCCGGAAGUAAAUUUGAUGAAUGUGGCCGAAGCCUUGCCGGAGCGCUGCACGGGCGCCGACCUCAUGCAAGUUGUGUCCACUGCGCGCUCCGCUGCGGUGCGUGCUCUGGUGGACAAAAUCAAAAGCGGUAUAUUAAAAGAAAGCGAUCUGACUCCUGACUCCGUGGUUCUUGGCGUCUCCGAGUUGUGGCAAGGAGUUGAAUCGUUCCGUCCAUCCGUGACUGAAGGGGAGCUUGCAUAUUAUGAAUCACUACAAUAUCAAAUGUAA